UCACAAAUCAAAAAGCGCCCUGUCGGAACUUUAAAUGGGUGUGACUAACUCCAAGUUCGGUUGCAUCGCAGCGCAUACACAAUGGCUGCUCGAAAGAGGAGAAAGCAAACAAUUUUCAGGCCCGCCGCGUCUCGCAAAAAAUAUGAGAAAAAAAUUAUUAAAAAUUCGGAAAAUAGUUGAAAGUGAAGAAAAACUCAACAGAAAGGAUGAUAAAGCGUCCGGGAACCCUGUGUCCAGGCAGUGUUGAGCACAUAAAACUGGACAGAAUAAUCACAUCAGUACUAGUCCGACGCCGUGCAUCGGUCCAUGUAGCUGGUCAGCCUUAGGGUGCCAUGGCCACGGGAACCCAGGGCCACCGUGACCAAGUCCUGGACAAAACAAAGCUUGCAGUACCUCUGGGGAGGCGCAAGAGAGCAGAAGGCAAGCUGAAGAAGAAUUUCCCUUGUCAGGAGUGUCAGAAAGCUUUCAACAGUCUGGAGAAGUUGAAGGUGCACUCAUACUCUCACACAGGAGAAAGACCCUACCGCUGCUCCCACCCUGAAUGCACCAAGGCUUUCGUCUCCAAAUACAAGCUGCUACGGCAUAUGGCAACUCACUCGCCAGAAAAAAACCACAAGUGUUCAUACUGUGAGAAAAUGUUCCACCGUAAGGAUCACUUAAAGAAUCACCUACAUACUCACGAUCCACACAAGGAGGCAUUCACUUGUCAAGAGUGUGGCAAGAGCUACAACACGAAGCUGGGUUUCAAACGCCACCUUGCCCUCCAUGCUGCCAACAGUGGAGACCUUACCUGCCAAGUGUGCCUGCAGCCAUUCCCCAGCACUGGGGUUCUUCUGGAACACCUCAAAACACAUGCUGGCAAGUCCUCCGGUGGGACCAAGGAGAAAAAACAUCGUUGCGAGCAUUGCGAGCGGCGGUUUUACACCCGUAAAGACGUGCGACGACACAUGGUAGUGCACACCGGACGCAAAGACUUCCUCUGUCAGUACUGCGCCCAGCGUUUUGGAAGGAAGGACCAUCUGACGCGUCACAUGAAAAAGAGCCAUGCUCGGGAACUGCUGAGGGUUAAAACUGAGCCAGGCGAUUCGCUGGAGCCCGUCGUCUACGACUUGGCGUCUGGGAGCGUAAAGGGGGAGCUCCCGGGAAUGCUGACGCCAAGACCGCACCAGCUGAACGUGUACACAGGCCCCGUCCUCGACACCGAGCCCUUCUCCAGUCCCACGCAUCCUUUUUCUUUAAAGUACCCACUGGGCUCCAACUUUACCUCAUACGCCGUGUCCUCACAGGAGCGGGAGCAGAAUCUUAAGGGAGACCUGGAGACCUACCUGAUGGAGCUUCAGAGCAGUAUGCCAUCUUCCGCCUCUGAAGCCCAAGAACCCCAACUCUCCUCCUCCAAACUUGAGUUGGUUCCUCAAGUGGGUGUGCUGGAGGAAGCCAAUGAGGAGGUGUCCCUGUCCAAAAUGUCCACAUCAGUAGCAGCACCCGCAGGCGACUCUUUGGCCUUAUCUUCCUCUCUAAUGGAUUUUUCACAGCUUUUCAACUUCCUGCCGCUCAACGGGCCUCCGUACAAUCAGGUAGGGGGCAGUGGGGGGCAGACCGUCACUUUUCUACCCAAUGAAGAGCCCGCAUCUCUAGUUCAGCUGCCCUCUCAGGCUGCCACGGGCUCAGAGGCUGCUGAGAGUCCACUUCAGGGGCUCUCCUCCUCCUUCAUAUCCAACCUGAGCACUCCAACCACACUGCCCCGCUUCCACCAGGCUUUCCAAUGACCCCA